UCCACUGUAUCAUCCUGCUUUUGUUUGUCACUUCUGGGUACUCUUCACACUAAAUCUCCAUGCACUGAUUUCAAGAAUGUCAUUUGCUUCAGUAUCCUGAGAAUAUGCUCUCUAUUCCUCUGCAUGAUUUUUGGAGUAACUAUGAGAAUACAAGUCCUGAAGAAGAUGGAUUAUUUUGCACUAUUAAUUUUGACUUUUCCUAUCACUAUACUCAAAUGCACAUCUCUGCAAUUUCUGACAAUCCUGUGGAUUGGAAAUUUAGCUAAGACAUUUCAACUUUAUUGCCUAUGUUGUGUGUCCUUUGCAGCAUCUUUGACCAGUGAUAAUGGAGUUACUGGAUUUAACCAUGAUUAUAUCUUUGUAACACCUGUGGAAGUGGACUCUAAUGGAGCAUUCAUUUCACAUGACAUUUUGCACAACAGUAGAAAAAGGAGAUCAACGCGAAGUUCAAAGCCUUCCUUGCACUACAGGUUUUCAGCAUUUGGACAGGAGCUUCAUUUGGAACUGCAGCCUUCUCCUUUUCUAUCUCCUGAGCUAGUUGUGCAAGUUGUGGAUAAAGAUGGAUUUGUAGCAGAUGUGGAUCAGAGUGUGGAGCGAUGCUUCUAUCAGGGCAUUAUUAGGAACUAUGACAAUUCUUCUGUGGCCAUAGCUACUUGUGAGGGGCUGUCAGGUUUCUUAAGGACACAUACAGAAGAAUUUUUUAUAUCACCCCUAUCCCAGCAACUUGCGGAAGAACACAAUUUUACAUCACCUGAUGGUCAUUACCCACAUAUACUUUAUAAACGGUCGGCAGAGCACAAAAUAUCACUCCACAAGGCUGAUACACUUUACCAAAGAAAUCAGUCAAAUGCUCAGAAAACUAUUACUGGAAAUAUUCAUAAGCAGCAUUUCUGUGGAAGCCAUAGCAAAUUUUCACCAAAACAACAGGAAGAUAAAUACCUCAGAUCAGAUGAAUAUCCAAGUCUAUUAAGAUCCAAAAGAUCAGCUGCAAAAUUCCAAAAUUCUGGAAGUUUAAUAGUUGAAACUCUUGUUGUGGCUGAUAAGAAAAUGGUGGAGAAGCAUGGGAGAGAUAGCGUGACCACUUACAUACUGACCGUUAUGAACAUGGUUUCUAGUCUCUUCAAGGACGGUACUAUUGGAACUGAUAUCAAUAUUGUGGUUGCAGGAUUAACUAUCAAUCAUCAUGCGGAUCAAUCAUUAAACAAUUUUUGUCAGUGGCAGUCUUCUCUCACGGGAAAAAAUGGAAAACGACAUGACCAUGCUAUAUUAUUAACAGGAUUAGAUAUUUGCUCCUGGAAAAAUGAACCAUGUGAUACUUUGGGUUUUGCACCUAUUAAUGGGAUGUGUAGCAAAUACAGAAGUUGUACCAUUAAUGAAGACACAGGCCUGGGUUUAGCUUUUACUAUUGCUCACGAGUCUGGCCACAAUUUCGGGAUGAUUCAUGAUGGUGAAGGAAAUCCAUGCAGAAAGAGUGAAGGUAGCAUUAUGUCUCCAACACUAACUGGAAACAAUGGUGUCUUCUCAUGGUCUGCAUGUAGUAGACAAUACCUGAGGAAGUUUCUUAGUACAGCUCAAUCCUCCUGUCUUGUUGAUGAGCCCAAACAACCGGGUCAUUUCAAGUAUCCAGAAAAGCUACCUGGACAGCUGUAUGAUGCAGAUGCCCAGUGUAAAUGGCAGUUUGGACCGAAAGCAAAGCAAUGCAGCCUAACUUUUGUGAAGGACAUAUGCAAGUCUCUUUGGUGUCACAAAACUGGUCACAGAUGUGAGACAAAAUUCAUGCCAGCGGCAGAAGGCACAGUGUGUGGGCUGAAUAUGUGGUGUCGAAGAGGACAGUGCGUAAGAGUUGGUGAUCAUGGUCCAAAGCCGGUGAAUGGUGGAUGGUCUGAUUGGUCAGACUGGUCUGAGUGUUCACGGAAUUGUGGAGGAGGCGUUAUGUAUCAGGAGAGACACUGCAACAACCCAAAACCACAGUAUGGAGGCAAAUUCUGCCAAGGUUCCAAUCAUAUCUAUCAACUUUGUAAUAUUCAGCUAUGUCCACCUAACACCCUGGACUUCCGUGCCCAACAGUGUGCAGAAUACAACAGCAAGCCCUUCAGGGGCUGGUAUUACAAAUGGAAACCUUACACUCAAGUGGAAGAAGAAAAUAUUUGCAAACUCUACUGCACAGCAGAAGAUUUUGACUUUUUCUUUGCAAUGGCCAGCAAAGUUAAAGAUGGAACGCCUUGCUCUGCAAAUGGAUAUGAUGUCUGCAUUGAUGGCAGUUGUGAGCUUGUAGGAUGCGAUUAUAUUCUUGGAUCAAAAGCAACUUUGGAUGCCUGUGGGGUUUGUAAAGGUGAUAAUUCAACAUGCAAGUUUUACGCAGGGCAAUAUCUGAAUCAUCACAAAUCCAAUGACUAUUAUUACGUUGUCACAAUUCCAGCUGGCGCAAGAAGCAUCCAUUUUCACGAGCUUGAGAUCUCCACCAGCUACCUUGCAGUGCGGAAUCUAAACAAAAAGUAUUAUUUAACAGGAGACUGGACAAUUGAUUGGCCUGGGAAGUUCUCUUUUGCCGGAACAACUUUUACUUACCAACGCUCAGUUCAACAUCCUGAAAGUCUGUAUGCAGUAGGACCAACAAAUGAGACACUUGUUUUGGAAAUUCUUUAUCAAGGAAAGAAUCCAGGUCUUGCAUGGGAAUAUACUCUACCUGCAUCUCAAAGUACAACUAAGAAAGCAAACAACUUUUCUUGGGACCCUGUCUAUACAGAGUGCUCUGUUACUUGCGGUGGAGGAUUCAUGCCAGCAACGUUUAUUUGCUUACAAGAUCAUCAGCUUCAAGUAAAUUCUUCCUUGUGUGGACCACAGAACAAGCUUCUUCCUCCGUCAAAACCAUGCAAUAUUCAACCUUGCCCAGCUUACUGGUUAACUAGUGAGUGGAGUUCGUGUAGCGCAUCAUGUGGCGGCGGGAGACAAAUACGUCAGAUUCAGUGUGUCCAGAAAACAGCAACGAAUACUGAAGAAUUGGUUGGACAUUCAAACUGUCCUAUUACCACUCCUACCCAGGAACAGGCAUGCAAUGGCCAUGAAUGCCCCGCCGAAUGGAGCACAGGUCCAUGGUCUCAGUGUUCCAGGAGUUGUGGCAGAGGGACCAAGAACCGAGAGGUUUACUGCAAAAGUUUUCAUUCAGGAAGCUAUAAGAUGCUUUCUGAAAAUAUGUGUGCUGCUCAUCUGAAGCCAGAACAAAUAGAAAACUGUGUCUUAGAACGUUGCCCCAAAAAUGACAAAGCGCAAUGGGUGAUAUCUGCAUGGGGCGAGUGUUCAACAACAUGUGGUCCUGGUGUGAAAAAGAGAGAACUGAAAUGUGGUGAAAAAGAUAUUAAUGGCAAGCUCAUAACUCAGCCUAUCAGAAGAUGCCGUAGUGUCAAGAAAGUAAAUAUAGCACUGGAGCAGCCAUGCAGUAAUAAACCAUGCCUAGUGCAAAUACCGUAUAGUGUCUAUAAUGGAUGGCAUGUAUAUCCUUGGCAACAGUGCUCUGUAACCUGUGGAGGAGGUGUACAAGUUCGGAUCGUACAAUGUUUUCGUCAUGGAAGACCUUCCUCUGGUUGUUUGUCACAUCAGAAACCUCCAAAUUCUCAAGCUUGUAAUACAAACUUUUGCCCACCAACAGAAAGGAAAGAUGAUCCCUCUUGUGUAGAUUACUUCAACUGGUGCUCACUGGUUCCACAGCAUGGUGUCUGCAAUCACAAAUUUUAUGGAAAGCAAUGUUGUAACUCGUGUACAAAAAAGAAAAACUAUAGCGACACACUUUGACCCACUAAUGACUAUAUUUGAAAUUGUCAAUACUACAGCUUUCCUCUGGCAGAGUGGCAGCCAUGAAACCACGGAAAUAAUAAUUUCUUAAAUACCUUUUGAUCUACCAGCAUGUUGAAAUACCUUAUAAGCUGAUCGUAUCAUUUUAAAAUUAAUGUUUCCGGAUAUAUUUUGCCAGUUGAAAAUAAUAAUUAAUUAUACAGAAAGGAAAUUGUGUUUCAAAGUGCUAUGCCUUCAGGGAAAGCAAAGCUUUGCCAUUUGCCAGUUUAUUUACACAAGAUCCAUUGAUCUUGUACACAUUUAUUUCUCUCCUGAAACAUGCUGAGGCAAUGUACUUAAAGCUAAUUUUAUUAGCAUUUUACAGAUAUCAUGAUUUUAUUUGGUGAAAUUGUAACAGAAUUUUUGAACAAGUCAAAGAUAUCCAAGUGGCCUCAAAGACUGCAUCAAUCAGACUUUAUAUAACAGGAAACUGUCAAUUAGCUAAAAUGUGGUGGCUGAAAAGGUCAAACAAGUAAGAGGCCUCAACAGUAGGUGGGAAAAACCAGACUGAGGGAGUAAUGCAUUAAAUCUGGCAACAGCAGGAACUGAAGUUUCUAGUGGUCAAUUAUUAUUCUGCUUGGCCACAAACAUUAGAAUUGAUGGUUCUGUAGAGCAUCUCUAUUAACUUUAAGGAAUACAUGAAACCGCCAGCUGCUACAGCAAAAAGUCCUUAACUCUGAACUUGUGAGACAAAAUGGCUGCCAACUGUUAUCAACACUAAUGGUGCUUUUAUUUAAUUGUUGCAAUGGUUUUUUUGUAUGUUUCAUCAGAUUUAAAAACCAGUACAACAAUCUGUUGUAAAUAAUGUGCUUUUAGAAAUUUAUGAGACCAUCUGGAUGGUCUUUUUUUUUUAAAAUAUAGUGUUUUGAACUUUAUGAUUGAGACACUAAUGGAAUCUAUUCAGCAAAGUUUUUAUGUACAAGUUGACACAAGCCAUUUUCAUAUAUUUAAGCAAAAAUUACAUAAUACUAGUGAAAAAUAUAUUUGCCACUUGUUACUUAUAUAUCUGCUGUGUAUAAUAAUUUUAAUUUCCAACUUUGAAUAUUUUCAAUGGCACUAAAAAAACAAAAUAGCUGCCAUGAAAGAUGAUCACAUUUGCAUACCAUAAACUCAUAAUAUGGUCAAAAUCUAUCACCAUUUUGAUUGAAUAGAUACCAAUAUGUCACUAUCAUAUAAUUAAAAUGACAUUAGAUGUAUUUCCAUUAUAUGGUGCUUUGUAUCCAACUUGCUGCUGGAAAAGCAAGUAUGUAUAAUGAUGUGACCAAUUCAAUUUUCUUUACUAAAAAAAUGAUGAUAAUCAUUUAUUUGGUAGCAAAGUAAACAAAAAAGUAUUUUACUAUGCUGAGGAAAAAUAUAAAUUUAUACAAUUAUUUAGGAAGGUUCUAUAGAAUAUAUUAUAUAUAAAUAUAUUAAAUUAUUUUGCUUUGAUCUGUGAUAUGUAAUUAUGUUUCUCUUUUGAAAAAAAUCAGGCAACUAUCUGUCUACAAGUUAAUGACAAUUUAUGAUCUAUGGGCUAAAGUCAUUGCAUGUAAAGAGAUCAGCAGAUACAGCCACGUGCUGGCCCUCAUGGUUCUGUGUAAUGUUUUCUGUUUCAGCGGCCUCAUAGCAGAGCUACAUAAAAGUGACUUCUUAUUACCUGACUUUUUAAAGUAAAGAUGUUAAUAUUUUAGCACUUAUUACCAUAGAAGUAUCACAGGCUACAUGUUUACUAUACGGAUCAAUACGUCCAAAUGGAAAAUGGGUCCAUGGAGUCUAUUCACAAAAAUCUGACUUUAAACUGACAUUAUACCAACUUUUUUAAGGUCAGGUGAAAUAACUGACUUGGAGAAAAAUCUUAAAUAUAAUUUUUUUUUUUAUUAUUUAAAAUUCAAAUGGCUUGUAAGUUGAUUUAAAAGUCAUGUUUAUUUAUUCCUACAAAAUAAUUUGUGAAACUGUAAAUAACAUUUUGUAAUGUCAGAUCCUAUUUAACAUAGGGUAUAAAGCUACAGACUUAUUAGUGUGAAAUGUCAAAGUGCAUAGGUUACAUAUAUAAUAAUAUUUGUAGGAUAGUUUUUAUACUUUCAGGAUAAGAAGCACAAAAAAUAUUUGUAUCAAUGAGAGUCAGCUUCAGAGCCAGCAAUACAUUGCUGGAAUUUAGCUGGCCAUAACUGGUGAGCCAAUGAAAAGAGGAAUAUGUGUGUAGACACCUAUCACCAGCUAGCUCCCAGUAACGCAUGCUUGCUACUUAGUCUGCAAUUGCUUGCUCUGUCUGAACCCUACAUGUUUAAUUUUGAUUUCCAUGUUCCUUUAAAUUCCAAAAUCCUCCAUCACAUAUUUAAAUAAAAAGUUUCAAACAUUA